GUUGGUACUUUCCAUGAUCUUGGCAUCAGUGCUGCUUCCUCCAGAUGAGUGCAAGGCUGCUGUUGCUCCCUGUUCCAUCCGUGACCCUCUUCCUAUUCUUCACAAAUAUUUCCAGUCUGGAGAUGUUGUUAUUGGUGGCAUUAUGUGUCAAAGCCAUAUAACUUCAAGCAUAGCCUUCAAUGAACCUCCUACACCUGAACUCUUCGAUGACAUUAUGUAA